AUGUCUAAGGACAACCCACAUACACAGUUUAUCCUCUCCACGCCAACUGACCGUGGAGCAUGGUACCAAGACAGAAAGCCAGCAGUAUCAAUCAUCAACUCACAUAUCGCCAGCUUGAAGAGAAAGAAAUCCAAGAAAUCCGCGGUUCCAAAUCAGCCUCAAAACAUAAACAUAGAAUUGCCUCGUCAGGGUGACGACAACAACAGCAUCUCCUCGACUAUCUCCCUAGAUACACCACCUCAACCUGUACCAGUAGAUUACACUGGCCUCUCAUUACGUGUACUGGAAGAUAUCUUCGCGAAUGAAGACCUAGAUACGAGCGAAUGGCAGGAUUUGGAACACGUCGAAGAAACGUCGGACCAUCCCAACGCCUCACGACAGAUUAUAGCUUACAGCCAUGAUGGCACAGGUGCUCAGAAUUCGAACCGAGGAUCAUCUCUUCACAAGCAGACACGAUCGUCAGGGACUGCUUCGAAGAUGUGGCACAAUCCAAAGUCGACAGCAAUAAGCAAAAUCAAUCCAACUAUUCACCCGUCACGAGCGUCUCGCAAAACCAACACUGCUAAAAGCACAAACUCUCGUUGUGCAUCUCCUCCGAGUGUGUCCAGCGUACCAAUCCACAUUGGCGGCAGCCUAGAUCCCUUCCUUCGCUUGCCGAUCCAAGUGUCUAUGAAAGAGCGACAGCUGCUCUACUACUUUCUCACCGAGGGACGUCAGCGGCUAUUUGGAACUUCAUCCAUUCCGUUAUACUGCCCAGCGGUACACGUUGUCAGGAACGGUGCACUUGAACGGCUUGCCGCAUAUGCCGAGACUCAUAUCGUUCUGGCUGAGCAUACAAUCUGCAAACUUCGAGGCACUCCGUUGUCUGCAAAUUUCUUCCGUCGUCGGGCAAAUGCUUAUAGGUCGGUCGCAGAGCUAAUGCGGAACCCAGAUGCCAGCUUUGACGAGCAGAUGAUGGCGAUGAUGUGCAUUAUGCUUACCGAGCACUUUCUUGGUCGAUCUGAUCUGCAGCUUCUUCAUCUCAGAGCCAUGCAUGACCUGGUGGAGCGAAAUGGUGGUAUACAAGCGGUCUUUCAGUCUCCAGACCCAACUUCUCCGGAUGUUGGACCACUGAUUGCGCCCGGUUUUUACAUAUCCCAGUAUCAUUUUGUUGAAUUCGACUCCGAUAGAACCAGUUUCGCUGCUGCGAAAGCGAUCGAUGCGUUCUUCUGCUAUCUCAGCCAGAUCCAAGCCUGGACGCUUCGUCACCAGGUACUUGGAGCCGCUUCGGGCGCGCAUACGGGCGCGCAUUCCCCAGUCUACACGUCAGAAAGAGCAAACAACAAGAGUCUCCUACAGAGACUUCGAGCUUCCUUGCUAGCGGCCGUGGACCAUUACCUACGCGACCCAACAGCACCUUACUAUCGGGCGGCUGGAAUUUUCCACUUAUUAUUCUUCCUGUGCGCCAAUAUGACCGAGUUCGACCUGGACGCUGAUACAGCAACGAAGUUCCUCUUACUAUCGCAGUCAUACAUGAAAAACAGUGUUGACGAUCGGUUCGGGGAGCCUGUAUGGGAUCAAUCGACCGACAGUGUGGACCUUCGCCGACUCCAUCCUGCUACUUCCAUGUGCCUCAUUGCUAAAGCCAUGGAGGGAAUCCAAAGCGAUGAGGUAGGUGGGAAGUGGAUCUAUAGACCACCAAAGCAGCGUGUUCGAAGCGCAGAUGUUUCUGUUGCCGAGGCCACUGUCAACGCCAUGAAAGUAUUCGCGCUACUUGGCACGUCUGCAAGGCUGCGCAUAGGUCGAGGACUGUACCGGUGCUGCAUGAUAACCAGUGAGCUGACACUGGGUGAGAGUUUCUCUGAGGAAGAACUCGAUGAUCUGAAGCUGGAAUUGGGGCGGGGACGUAUCUGA